AAGAGCUAGUAGCGGUAUUCCAAAUGGGGUGGUCAGAAAACGAGAGACAAUCAAAAGGGAAGUAGAAGACGAGUCCGAGCUCGGUUCACCAGCAAAGAAAAGCAAAGAUAGUACCGCAACUGCCCAUCUAAUCGUUGGUAUUGAUUUUGGUACCACAUAUUCAGGCGUUGCUGUUGCGCAUUCCGAGUUUGAUCGUGAGAAAAUCUAUAUCAUUUCAGCCUGGCCAGGGAAUGUAGAGGUCAGAUAUAAGGUCCCCACGAUGAUCGACGACAAAUCAGAAAACUCGAACUAUAGGGGAUGGGGUUAUGCCCUAUCAUCCACAACGCACUGCUCAUCAUGGUUCAAGCUGCACAUGGCUCCGGACAACACAUUAUCUAAAAAUGAUGACCCCCUUCUAUCCCAGAGUGUGGGCCCUAGCUUAUUGAGAAUCCCGGACGGGGAAACUCCAGAGAUUCUGUGCGAAGAAUAUCUUCGACGCCUUUAUAAGCACGUCAUGGGGAGGCUUAGCACGAUAUAUGGGCAGUCAAUUGUGGAUAUGCUACCAGUAAAGGCGGUAUUGACAAUCCCAGCGGACUGGGAUAAGAAGUAUAAAACAACCUUAUGUGAAGCCGCACACCGUGCAGGCAUUGCAACCGGAGAGAACGACUCAAUCUUAACGAUCGACGAACCGGAAGCCGCUGCUCUCGCUGCAUUCGAAACCAGCCUGGGGAAGAAACACAGUUCAAUUUUCAAGGUAAACAACAAUGUUGUGGUGGUUGAUAUCGGCGGGGGAACGAUCGAUAUCAUAACCUACAAAAUUGUUCGGACAAAUCCCCUCGAAGUAGGAGAGGCCUGUACAGGAACUAGCGCAAAGUGUGGGGCUACCAUGAUUGAUCGCGAACUGCAUCGACUCAUGGGAAUAAAAUACGGAUCUGCAUUUUCCAACCUCCCUGCCAAAGAAAUAGGUCAUGGUAGCGAGUUUAUGGCGGACAUCGAAAUAAUCAAGAGGAGCUUCACAGGCCACGGCGACGAACACAUAAAAGAGCACCUGAUCCGUCUUGUUAUGAACAUUAAUGAUGCUGCCGGUGAGGAACUUGCGCAAAUUUUUGACAAGGUCAUAAGCCGCGCCUUCGAUAUGGUCUCCGAACAAAUCGAAAUGGCUCGAAAAAAUAAUGAUAAUCCCGUGAACUUAAUAAUACUUUGCGGCGGCAUGGCCGACUCCCAAUACGUUCAGGAGCAGUUUAAAGAAUUCUGCCAGAACAAACUGGACAAGAAAGUCGAUGUAAUUGUACCAGACGAAGCUUGGCCGGCCAUUGCAAAAGGAGCGGCACUCCACGCUUUGGGACAAUCGAUAGUGGAGAGCCGCAAAAGUAGAUGGUCCUAUGGCAUCGGCGUGCAUAGAGCUUUUGAUUCCAAACGUGAUAACGAGGAAGAUCAAUACAAAUGUCCUAGCAGGGGAGAGCGAGUUAAAGGAUAUGUUGAAUGGUUCAUUAAACGGGGCGAAAGCGUCAAAGACAAGGUGAAAUGGAUCCACGGGUACAUCGUGAUGCGAAAGGGUAGACAGCUGAGAGACACAGUUGGCGAUUUGGUGUUGUACAAAUCCAAGAAUGUCGAAAAGUUGACGACCCUUAGCAUUUGCAUUCCGGCUCGGAACUCGCAGGCCGACAAAAGUGUGAGGGUCGGGCACAUAAUCUUGGUGAACGAGAAGAUGGUGAAGUUCGAAGCCAAAUGCGGAAACAAACAGAUCGGGCUCAAACAGACUGAUUAUGAAGAUGACAAAAUAUAA